UUAUAUUAGUGCAGAACACUGUACCUUUAAUUUAAAUGCCCUUGGAGUCUGCUGGGGAAGAGAAAUAAUACUGUCAGUCAGUAUGACAUGCAGACAUGAGUGCCGUCGAUCUUAGAAUCACCGCACACUUCACUCAUUUGGGCAGUCACGGGGCCAAAACCAGAGUGUGGAGCCACAGUGUGGCGGUGGAGGCAGCAGCAAUGGGAGGCCAUACAGCACCCUGUGACAAAAUGGAACCCACCAGCAGUGUGAGGAGACCUGAAAGUGGCACAUGGCAGAGUGUGGCGAUGGAGACAGCAGCAAUGGGAGGCCGUACAGGGACCCAUGACACACUCUGGACCUGGCAGCAGCAUGAGGAGGCGGUACAGGGGCCCAUGACAGAUUACGGGCCUGGCAGCAGCAUGAGGAGUCGGUACGGGGGCCCAUGGCAGAUUACGGGCCUGGCAGCAGCAAUGGGAGGCCCGUAAUCUGCCAGCACCCUAUGACAAAAUGGAACCCACCAGCAGUCAUGAGGAGGCCGUACAGGGACCCAUGACAGAUUACGGGCCUGGCAGCAGCAUGAGGAGGCGGUACAGGGGCCCAUGACAGAUUACGGGCCUGGCAGCAGCAAUGGGAGGC